UUCCCACUCUCAAGCGAAAAAGGCUUUCAUCACAAGCAUAGUGCCAGAGAGAUGUUUGGUAGGGUGAGACCGGCGCCGAUCAGCUCCUUGGAACCCCUCGAAUCCCAAAGAUCCUCUACCAAAAUCAUCAAGCACGAUUCUCUCUCCAUCUACGAAUCAACUCUUCUCAAACUAAAAGAAGGCUCUCGUUGCAAUCCAAUCUGCGACCCUGAGGAUUAUUCAAGGAACAAUGCAGUUUGUAUCAUGGCCAUCAAUUCACCGGAGGAGGCUAUGAGUGCCGGUGCUGGUUGGUCCUCUACAGAAUCUCUUCCAAUGUCUAGUUCUAGUGAUCAAUCUACAGCCUUCUCAAAUGAGGCAGCUAAAACAAAUAUGUCUAUUCUUCAUUUCUUCUCAAAACACAAGAGUACAACACAUACUCGAAGUCCAAGUGAUACAGAGUCGAUGGCUACAGAAAGUGGUUAUUCAUCUUCUUCCAGUGUUUCACCUUCAUCUAGCGAUUCACAGGCAGCCAUCCGCUGAAGAUAUAACUGGGAGAAGGGAAAUAUUUACUCUUUGAGCUCCUGAUUGUGGAGUCUUCUCUUCAUGUAUCAGAAUCAACUAAAGGAAACUUGCUAUUGGACAAUGGAUAAUUUGUAGGAAAUACAUAUACAUUAAUAUUUCUCGUGAAUUCUUUAGUGGAGCUUAGGUUCUUUUA